AUGGGUUAUCUUGAGGACGAGGACAAGAAAUACUUGGAUGACGUCCAAGCCGUCAAGGCCUGGUGGAACGAUUCCAGAUGGCGACACACCAAGCGCCCCUUCACAGCAGAGCAGAUUGUGGCGAAGCGUGGAAAUCUGAAGAUUGAGUACCCUUCAAACACCCAGGCCAAGAAGCUGUGGAAGAUCGUUGAGAGCAACUUCGAGAAAAAAGUGGCCAGCUUCACUUACGGUUGUCUCGAACCCACAAUGGUUACCCAAAUGGCGAAAUACCUUGACACCGUUUAUGUCUCUGGGUGGCAGAGUUCUUCCACUGCUUCCUCCACCGAUGAGCCGUCUCCGGAUCUUGCUGAUUACCCCAUGAACACUGUGCCCAACAAGGUCAACCAGCUCUGGAUGGCCCAGCUGUUCCAUGACCGGAAACAGCGCGAGGAACGAAUCACGACACCCAAGGAGAAGCGCGGAAACUUGCCAAACAUUGACUACCUACGUCCCAUCAUUGCCGACGCUGACACUGGACACGGUGGUUUGACUGCGGUCAUGAAGCUGACCAAGCUGUUCAUCGAGCGCGGAGCUGCUGGUAUUCACAUCGAGGAUCAGGCUCCUGGCACCAAGAAAUGUGGCCAUAUGGCUGGCAAGGUUCUUGUGCCUAUUAGCGAACACAUUAACCGUUUGGUUGCCAUCCGUGCCCAAGCUGAUAUCAUGGGCUCCGAUCUCCUUGCCAUUGCUAGAACCGAUGCGGAAGCUGCCACUCUCAUCACCUCUACCAUCGAUUACCGCGACCAUGCCUUCAUCGUCGGCUCAACCAACCCCAACCUCCAGCCCCUCGUUGACCUGAUGGUGGCAGCUGAACAGGCCGGAAAGCAAGGGGACGAGCUCCAGGCCAUUGAGGACCAGUGGGUUGCUCAGGCUGGCUUGAAGCUUUUCAGCGAUGCUGUCAUCGAGGCCAUCAACAAGGGGGCGCACUCCAACAAGCAGUCCCUCGUCGAUCAGUACCUGAAGGCCGCCAAGGGCAAGAGCAACGCCGAAGCUCGUGCGAUCGCCAAGAGUAUCACUGGCGUUGACAUCUACUGGAACUGGGAUGCCCCUCGUACCCGUGAGGGUUACUACCGGUACCAGGGUGGCACCCAGUGUGCCGUCAACCGUGGUGUUGCCUUCGCCCCAUUCGCGGAUCUCAUCUGGAUGGAGAGCAAGCUUCCUGACUACGCCCAGGCUAAGGAGUUCGCCGACGGUGUCCACGCCGUCUGGCCCGAGCAAAAGCUUGCGUACAACCUGUCGCCUUCGUUCAACUGGAAGAAGGCCAUGCCCCGCGAUGAGCAAGAGACAUACAUCAAGCGCCUGGGUGCUUUGGGUUACGCCUGGCAGUUCAUCACCCUGGCCGGUCUGCACACCACGGCCCUCAUCUCUGACCAAUUCGCCAGGGCCUUCUCCAAACAGGGCAUGCGCGCUUACGGUGAACUGGUUCAGGAGCCGGAGAUGGAGCAGGGAGUCGAUGUGGUCACUCACCAGAAAUGGAGCGGUGCCAACUAUGUCGAUAACCUCCUGAAGAUGGUCACCGGCGGUGUCAGCAGUACCGCGGCCAUGGGCCAGGGUGUGACGGAAGACCAGUUCAAGCACUAA